AUGAAAGUAUCAUUAUUAGUACCAAUCGCAUUAAGUGCAACCACCAUUGCUGCUCAAGGAAGCACUGUAAUUGUUGGAUUCACGACAACUAUCAUCAAUCCUGACGAUCAAUCACCAGGUGGAGAGCAGCCUACUCCAGUUCCAAGUCCCCAAUCGCCAACCGGGGUUAUUGUUACCCCAACAAAUGGAGGUGGCGAAGGAGAAACAAUUACUGUUACUGACAGUAAUACCGGUACUGGCACUGGGUCUGAAGCACUGGAUACUGUGACUGUGACAACGGAUGUCACUACAGGAACAGAGGGAGCUGGAGGAGCUGGAGGAGCUGGAGGUCAAGCAAAUACUACCACUGGGCAAGCUACCUCACAUGCUAGUCACAAUGAAACUUCUACACAUGUUAACGAGACGGGGACAGGAACAGCCACUGUGACACCAACCGAGUCCCCAGCAACUGCGACUGGCGGUGCCGUUGGCUUGGCUGCAGGUGCUUCCUUGGGUUACCUUGUUGCUCUCUUGUUUGUUUAG